GUGUGGCGAGGUGAACAAAGUUAACCCAACUCGUGUUCUAAUAACGUUUUAUUUAGAUACAUUAUUUCGAGAUGCAGUGCUGCGCGAGAUCUUGGGGGUUUCUACGCUCUGGACCAGUGAAUCGGCUCGUGCGCUCCAAAAAUCGGCAACACUUUGAAAGACUGUUAACUCGCCAUCAGCAUGUUUGUGAACCUGUCUGCGGACUACGGACAUCUGUAGCCGCUUUUCAGUCUAGGAAAAUAGAGAGAUUGUUACCAAGGCACGAUGAUUUUGCCGAAAGACACAUAGGGCCAGGUGAAAAGGAAAAGAAGGAGAUGCUCAGUUUUCUCGGGAUAGAGUCCAUAGAGGAGAUGAUCGAAAAGACUGUCCCAACGUCCAUCCGUCUUCAGAAACCUAUGAAAAUGGAUGAUCCUAUCUGUGAAAAUGAAAUCCUGGAAUCUCUUCAGAAGAUUGCAUCCAAGAACAAGUUGUGGAGGUCCUACAUCGGCAUGGGCUAUUACAACUGCACCGUUCCCCCAGUCAUUCAGAGGAACCUGCUAGAAAAUUCUGGAUGGGUUACACAGUACACGCCCUACCAGCCAGAGGUGUCCCAGGGGCGACUGGAGAGCUUACUGAACUACCAGACCAUGGUGUGUGAUCUCACUGGAUUAUCCGUGGCCAACGCCUCCCUCUUGGACGAGGGCACUGCCGCAGCUGAAGCUAUGCAGCUCUGUCACAGACAGAACAAAAGGAGAAAUUUCUACAUCGACCCACGAUGCCACCCACAGACGAUCGCCGUUGUGCAGACCCGUGCAAAUUACAUCGGAGUGAACACCAUAUUGAAGCUGCCUCAUGAGAUGGACUUCAGUGGGAAGGAUGUGAGCGGCGUCCUCUUCCAGUACCCGGACACCGAGGGCCGCGUGGAAGACUUCACUGCACUUGUGGAUCGAGCUCACAAAGGCGGGGCACUGGCCUGUUGUGCCACAGACCUGUUGGCCCUCUGUGUUCUCCGGCCCCCAGGGGAGUUUGGGGUGGACGUGGCGCUGGGCAGUUCUCAGCGGUUUGGAGUCCCCCUCUGCUAUGGUGGACCUCAUGCCGCCUUCUUCUCUGUCAAGGAGAGCCUGGUGCGCAUGAUGCCGGGCAGAAUGGUGGGCGUGACCAGAGAUGCUGCUGGUAAAGAAGUGUAUCGUCUAGCCCUGCAGACCAGAGAACAGCACAUUCGCAGAGACAAAGCUACGAGUAACAUCUGCACUGCUCAGGCUCUCCUGGCAAACAUGGCUGCCAUGUUUGCUUUGUACCACGGACCUCAAGGCCUGAGGCAUAUUGCUGAGAGGACCCACAACGCCGCAUUGAUCUUGUCUGAAGGGCUGAAACGUGCAGGCCACAAGCUGCAGCAUGAGAUGUUCUUCGACACCUUGAAGGUCCAUUGUAGCGUGGCUGCCAAAGACAUCAUGGAGAGAGCUGUUCAACGGCAGAUCAAUCUACGAGUUUACAGUGACGACGUGCUUGGCGUUUCCCUGGACGAGACCGUGACUGAGCGGGAUCUGGAUGACCUUCUUUGGGUGUUCGGCUGUGAAUCCUCAGCUGAACUGAUUGCUGAGAAGAUGAGCGGACUGAAUAAGGGCCUACUGGGGAGUCCUUACAAGAGGACCAGCAAGUACCUCAACCAUCCCAUUUUUAACAGUCACCACUCUGAAACAAACAUUGUGAGAUAUAUGAAACGUCUGGAGAACAAAGACCUUUCUCUUGUCCACAGCAUGAUUCCACUGGGUUCCUGUACGAUGAAACUCAAUAGCUCUGCAGAGCUCAUGCCAAUCACGUGGAGAGAAUUUGCCAAUAUCCACCCAUUUGUACCGCUGGACCAAGCGCAGGGCUAUCAGCAGCUCUUCCAUCAGCUGGAGAAGGAUCUCUGUGAAAUCACCGGAUAUGACAAGAUCUCCUUCCAACCCAACAGUGGUGCUCAGGGUGAAUAUGCUGGCCUUGCUGCAAUCAAAGCCUAUCUCAAUUCCAAAGGGGAGCAGCACCGAACUGUGUGUCUGAUCCCGAAGUCGGCCCAUGGUACGAACCCCGCCAGUGCCCAGAUGGCAGGCAUGAAGGUGCAGGUGGUGGAGGUGGACAAAGAGGGAGGCAUCGAUAUGGUACACCUCAGGGCUCUGGUGGAUAAGCACAAGGCUAAGUUGGCUGCAAUGAUGGUCACGUACCCUUCAACGUAUGGUGUGUUUGAAGAGAACAUCGGCGAGGUCUGUGACCUCAUCCACCAGAAUGGCGGACAGGUGUAUUUGGAUGGCGCUAACAUGAAUGCUCAGGUAGGCUUGUGCCGCCCAGGAGAUUACGGCUCUGAUGUGUCCCAUCUGAACCUCCACAAGACCUUCUGCAUCCCCCACGGAGGAGGAGGCCCGGGCAUGGGGCCUAUCGGAGUAAAGGAACACCUGGCACCAUUCCUUCCCAGUCACCCAGUUGUGCCCAUGCAAGCCGGCGAUGCGCUGAGCUCUUUGGGGACCAUUAGUGCUGCCCCCUGGGGGUCAAGUGCUAUUCUGCCGAUUUCGUGGGUUUACAUCAAGAUGAUGGGCGCCAGAGGUCUGGUGCAUGCCACUGAGAUUGCCAUCCUCAAUGCUAACUACAUGGCCAAGAGAAUGGAGAACCACUACAAAGUGCUCUUCAGAGGACUACAAGGCUUCUGUGCCCAUGAAUUCAUUUUGGAUAUCCGACCAUUCAAAAAGACUGCAAACAUUGAGGCUGUAGAUGUUGCCAAGAGAUUGCAAGAUUACGGUUUCCAUGCUCCCACCAUGUCGUGGCCGGUGGCUGGCACGCUGAUGAUUGAGCCCACCGAGUCGGAGGACAAGGCAGAGCUAGACCGCUACUGUGAUGCGCUGAUCGCCAUCCGGCAGGAGAUCGCAGAAAUCGAGGAGGGACGAAUGGACUCCCGCGUAAACCCACUUAAGAUGGCUCCUCAUUCUUUGGCCACCAUUGUGUCUGGCACGUGGGACAGACCUUACUCCAGAGAGUUUGCUGCAUUCCCCCUGCCAUUUGUGAGACCUGAAACGAAGUUCUGGCCCACGAUUUCAAGGAUUGAUGACAUCUACGGAGACCAACAUUUGGUCUGCACCUGCCCACCAAUGGACGUCUAUGAAUCUCCGUAUGAGGAAAGGGCCGCGUCGUAGUCUCAUUCCUCACACCACACCGUCAGUCACACAAUCGAAUAUAUUUUUAUAAACUUUUUUUUUGGUAGAAAUUUCAUUUUCUACUUUUAGUAGAGAAUUUCAUAAAAAAGAAUUUCCUCUGUGUGUAUAUUUAUAUGUAUAUGAUUUGUUGACCCUUCUUCUUCAACUUAAAAUAUGUUUAAUAUACAAUUAAUGUGAUCAUGUGAUCAAGACAUUUUAGAUGUAUUAAUCUCAAGUAACUGCCUGUCUUGAACUGCUGUAGAAAUAAAAAAGAGAGAAAAACGGGUUACUUUUUUAACAGUA